UACAAAUGGGAGUUAAACAUUGAGUACACAUGAACACAAAGAAGGGAACAAUAGACACCAGGGCCUACUUGAUGGUAUAGAGUAGGAGGAGGGUACUGUGCUCACUAACUGGGUGAUGAAAUAAUUUGUACAACUAACCCCAGCAACACACAAAUUGCCCGUGUAACAAACCUACACAGGUGCCCCUGAACCUAAAAUAAAAGUUGGAAGGAAAAACUUAACAUAAAGAAAAUUAAUAAAAUGUCUUAAACAAAAUAAAAUUAUUUUGUCUGUCUUCCUGCCCCAUAACUUUUGAUAAAUUGGUCUGGGGUUAAGGUCUGAGAAUUGGAAUUUUUUUUAAAGUUUCCCAGAUAAUUGUGAUGUGCAGCCAAGUUUAAAAACUACUGUACUCCAGCAUUCUGUGUGCUGCCCCAGGGCCUGAUAGAACAGUGAUUGGAUCACUGUUCUAUAGAUGAAGCUGCCAAACUGGCAACUGCAACUAUUAUUUCUUUGUUUCAGUAAAGAACAUCAAUACAGAACUUUUACCCUCUCUCAACCUUUCUCUUAACUCCAAUAAAAAUCCAGACAGAGGUAUUUAAGAAGAAAGGCCUUCUAUCAAAGUUCUUUCUCUUCUUGGACUUUUAAAUAGUGACUACAUAAAUUGAGUAUCUGGCAAGAGUAAGAUUAAGCAGUAGUUUGUUCCAAAGAAGAAUCUUCUACCAAGGAGCAACUUUAAAGAAUGAAAUUAACUUUUCUCUUGGGCCUGUUGGCUCUUACUUCAUGUUUCACGCCCAGUGAGAGUCAAAGAUUCCCUGGAAGACCAUAUCUAUCUGGCCAGCUGCCACCACCGCCACCUUACAGGCCAAGAUGGGUUCCACCAAGUCCCCCACCUCCCUAUGGCUCAAGACUUAAUUCACCACUUUCUCUUCUCUUUGUUCGAGGGCGAGUUCCACCAUCUUCUUUUUCUCAGUUUAGCCAGGCAACCAUUCUAUCUCAACUCUUUCCAUUGGAACCUAUUGGACAACCUCGACUCUUUCCAGGUUAUCCAAACCUACAUUUCCCACUAAGACCUUACUAUGUAGGACCUUUUAGGAUAUCAAAACCCCCAUUUCCUCCUAUUCCUUUUUAUUUUGCUAUUUACCUUCCCAUCUCUAACCCUAAACCCCAAAUAAAUACCACCAUCGCAGAUAAAACAAUCACCACAAAUCCGCCUACCACCGCAACAGCGACCUCCAACACAUCCACAAAACAUACAAUGACAGUCACCUCUUCAACAGUACCUAUCUCUUCAACACCAGAGCCUGCUGCCUUCAUAUCAGCAGCAACCCCCACAGCACCUACUGAAAAUACUACCCAAAUUCUCACCAACCCUCCUCACACUGUAUUGCUCAGUGCCACUGUCCAAGUUACGGCUUCCAACCAAACUACAUUCAGCAGCACAAUCCCUAAAAGUUUUUGGCAAAAGCUUUUUGACAUUUUUGGUUGAAGAUGCAAGAAAUGAUAUUUUCCAAACUGCUCUGAUAUCUGAGAAGAAAUAAACUGCGAUGAUUUUGAUGGAACCAACCCUGACCUAACCAGCACACCAAAUAAAUAAAGUAUUUGAGUAGUAAUAUG